UAUAACUUUCUUUUUCUGCUUUGUUAUAAUCUCAUUUUGCACUUGAGUUUGGAUUAAUAUUUGCAUGAGAUGCGUUGAUGGGAUUCUUGGCAAUGAUCUCUGCUCUCCAUUGAAAAGUAGUUGCCGUAUCUUUGUUGAGCAAUCUUUCCUGUGGUCAACACUGACAGAGGUUCAAACUUCUAAAAGAUGAAGUCAAGCGUUCACCCUAGAAGUAACACUCCCAGCACAAAGGCAUUGUACGACCAGUUUCUAGAUGAAUUGUCCGCCGAUGAUGAGACAUCGUCCACGUUUAGAAUCCCGGCCUUCGGCCGUAGCAAGAGCCCUUCUACAGGCUCAACGGACGAUUCUAAUAAAGGUGAGAAAGGGGCGUCUGAAGAAGAGUCCAUUGCAAGUCCUCGCCGCAUGGCAGAUACGAAAGAAUUUUUAGAGAAGAUUUAUGAGCCAGUGGGUCGAUCUAAGGUCCAUGGAUUCGACUACGACAUAAUGUCAUUGAAAAUGUUGCUUCUCGACGAAAGGAGCCAAUACUCGUUCAAGGUAGUCGGGGUUGUCGGGAUGCUUGGUGUUGGAAAAACAACACUAUGCCGCUUAAUUUUGGAUGAAGAAGAAGUGAAGCAGCGGUUUGUUCCGAGGUUUUGGAUAACCAUGCCGACUGAUGAGGAGCCCAAUUCAAUGGAAAAAGUUGUUGAAAGGAUGUUGGAACGUCUCGGAGUCGAAGAAGAAAUCAUCACGUCCAUUUCCAUAAAUCAUGAACUUCCUGGGUUGCUCUACGCUCUUCACCUCUAUGUGAGAGGUAAGAGGUAUCUGAUUUUGCUUGAUGGCGUACGAGCGAAGGACAAAUACUAUGAAAAUCUAAUGUCUUGCUUAAGAGAUGGGCAUGGAUUCCCGACGGGGUAUGGGGGAGCAGUCAUGGUGACAAGUAGGGAUGAGGAAGCAGUAAAAAAUAUGGUUGGGGAGCAAAACUUGCAUCGCCUUCUUCCCCUUUCAAACCCAGACAGCUGCUGGCCAAUAUACCAGAACUUGGAUUCGGCUGCCCAGGAUUCUGGAUCAGAGGCUUCAAAAGAAGUAAAAGAUGAAUUGCUGAAGAAGUGUGGAGGUCUCCCUCUAGCGGCUCGAAUUCUGCGCGAAUUGAAGGAUCUAGAAAAGAAACAAGGUGGUGGUUCAAAGGAGGGUCCAAUUCAAGCACCUGCAGCUUCAAAAGAAGUUUCAAGUCAAGCACCUGCAGCUUCAAAAGAGGGUCCAAUUCAAGCAUCCACAGCUUCAAAUGAGGUUUCAAGUCAAGCAUCUGCAGCUUCAAAAGAGGUUUCUAGUCAAGCAACUGCAGCUUCAAAAGAGGGUCCAAUUCAAGCAUCUGCAGUUUCAGAAGAGGGUCCAAUUCAAGCACCUGCAGCUUCAAAAGAGGUUUCAAGUCAAGCACCUGCGGCUUCAAAAGAGAAUUCAACUGAAGCAUCAGCACCUUCAAUAGAGGAUUUAAAUGAAGCAUCUGCAGUUUCAAAAGAGGGUUCAAAUGAAGCAUCUGCAGCCUCAAAAGUGGUUUCAAGUCAAGCAUCUACAGCUUCAAAAGAGGGCUCAAAUCAAGCAUCUACAGCUUCAAACGAAUCAGACUUGAAACCUGCAACGACCAAUUAAUCAAGACCAAAAUUUAUUAACCGAAGUGGUAACACCUGCACCAGAUCAGGCGUAACAUUUCUCUUCGGUUUUAAUACAGUUGGCUGGCUUGCUCUCUCCUAUUCGGUAAUCUCGUGAAGUAAUUAAGCACUGUUUUCAGAAUUGAUUUAUGCACGUGUUUAUUAGUUUGUGUUUGUGUUACUCCGAUAAUAUUGUCUGAUCAUGAUGUAACGGGGAGUCCACCCCAUAUAUAUUUUUAGAACUUUUCAGUUGUCAUGAAUUUUUCUUGUUGACAAUAAAAGAGAGUGUUGUGAUUUGAAUUUUGCUGAAUUACAUGCAAUUUAAAGAUGUUUUUAUUGUCU